UUUUUUUUUUUUUUGCUCAGUCUCCCAACUGAGCCACUUGGUCACUGUUCGUUCCCCCUCUCUUCUCCAACUAAAUUCUCCCUUCUUUCUCUCUCUUCAUCAUCCAACUGUUCCCUCUGCCUACCCAAAUUCCCCAUUUUUUUCUCUCUUGACCACCGACCUUUACUCUUUAAGCAUCUCUGCUUCUCUCUCUCACUCCAUUCCCAUUCUCUCUCUAUCUCUAACUCUCUCUACAACUGUUCCUUCUGCCCACCCAACUUCCCCUUUUUCUCUCUCUUGGCCACCCACCUUUACUCCUUAAGCAUCUCUGCUUCUCUCUCUCUCUCUACCUCUAACUCUCUUUCUCUCUCUAGAUUUCCCAUUCUCUCUCUUUCUCUCUCUCCCUCUCAUUCUCUCUCUCUCUUUCUUCGUGACCAAGUAUCCAAUUUAUGCUAUCUUUCUCCUUUUCCUUCCUGUCCUCUGCAACUCAUUCUUUGCGUCCAGCUCCAUUUCCAUGGGGACAUCUCCUAAACGACUCGACUUCUCUCCUCAGCGAUUAGUUUCAGACAUGGCGUCUCCUACUCCAUCUCAAGUGAAAAAUCAGAACAAUGGUAAGUACCCUCACUUCCUCCUCAAAGGCCUCUUCAUAGCCGUAGCCGUUGCCUUUGUCCCCUUCCUUUCUUCGCUAUCUUCUUCUCAAUUCUCUGACCAAUCCUCCCUGACCAGAAGCUGGGAGCUUCUGCACCUUGUUCUCAUUGGCCUCGCCAUCUCUUAUGGCCUCCUGAGUAGAAAACACAGUGUUUUAGAGAGAGAAACUGAGACCCAACAAAUCACAACUCAGAAUUAUGUCGCCAAACUCCUUCAGGUUUCACCUGUUUUCGAUGAAGAGAUAGAGAGCUUUCAUCGUUCUGAUAAUGGCAAGGUCUCGACAUGGAAUUCUCAGUAUUUUCCUGGUGAAUCUUUGGUCAUGGUGGCUGAUAAAGACCAGGGUUUCUCUGACGAGACCAGGCCAUUGCUCCUCCCUGUAAGGAGCUUGCGAUCGAGCCUCUCAGACCCGAAAACCGUGGAUUUAGAUGAUGGAGGUGCACACUUUCCGGGUUCUGAUUUCGUGGGUUUUGAGGGCGGGUGCAAAAAUGGUGACGUGGGUACUUUUUCUAGGGUUUCUAGUGGUGGGGAAAGUUGCAUUGAUGGUGAAGUUGGCUCUGGUUCUAGGGUUUUUCGUUGGGAAGAUGGUGAGCUGGGCUCACGUUCCAGACGUUUUAGCUGUGACAAUAGUGAAUUGCGCUCUGGUUCUAGGGUUUUUAGCAGAGCAGAUGGUGAAUUUGGCUCUAAACCCAGGCGUUUUAGCAGUGACAUUAAUGAAUUAGGCUCUGGUUCCAGGGUUUCUAAGGGCGGUGAUAAGGUGAAAAAUGGGGAAACUGGUUCUGAUUCUAGAGCUUUUGGUGAAUUGGGUCCCCCUUACAGGGUUUCAAGUGGUGGUGAUAAGGUGAAAAAUGGUGAAACUGGUUCUGGUUCUUGGGUUUUUAAUGGAAAUGGUGAGAUGAGUUCUGGUUCUAGGGUUUCUGGUGUUGGGGAGAACGCCAAAAACGGUGAUUCGAGCUCUAGUUGUAAGGUUCAGAGCAGCGUUGAAAAGAGCAAGCGUGGUGAUCUAAGGCAUUGUGAUAUGGACUCUGGUUUUAGGGUUUCUAGCAAUGGUGAUAAGAUGAAAGAUACUGAUUUGAACUCUGGUUUUAGGGUUUCUUCCUCCCCCAGAGGCGAUAAGAUCAGAAAUGGACAACUGGGUUCUGGUCAUAAGGCUCCAAAGAAUUCUGAUAGGGUAAAAAGUGGUCCUUCGUAUGGGGUGUCAAAGAGCUUUGAUCCUCUGAUCCUGAGAGAGAGACUAGAAGAAACUGUUCUUCCUUCUCCAGUUCCAUGGAGAUCGAGAUCGGGAAGGCUCGAAAUCACGCCUGCAUCGAUCGAACCGGAGUUGCAGAGCUUUGAUGAUCAACCCUUUCGAUCCCCAAUUCCAUGGUCUUCUCGUCCUAGUUCCUCCUCAUCUCCAUCUCCUAAAAAUCUCUCUCCUUCUCCCUCUGUCUCUCUGGAUUUUGGAUCCAAAAACACAGAGACCGAAGUGAAGAAAAAGCCACCAACCCCCCCACCCAUGCCACCAAGCCUUGCUACAUUCAAAUCUCAAGCUUCUCCAAAACCCUCUCUUCCCAAUAAUUCUCCUCCAUCUGCCUCUGAUCUUUCUAAGAGCCCAAAAGAAGCACAGAAGAGUAAGAAACAAUCAUUUGAUUCAGUAAAUAGGGAUUUCGAGACAGAACCAAAUAGAGCCGAAUCUCCACAUGCAGGGAAAUCGGUGAGAACAAGAAGGCUAGGUAAAAAUGAAGCUUUAAUGGAAGAGAGAUCAGUGAGAAAAGCUGGUAAAUUUGAAACUGAAUUUACAGAGGAGGCGAAGAGAUUUGGUGAGACUGAGUAUGUCAUGGUGGAGAAACCGGGAAAAAAAUGGGACCAAGUUGGAGUUUCAGGUGGCUCAAAGCCUCCUCCUCCACCAUUAGAGUCUGAUAUCGAGGAGGAAGAAUUCAAUUACUACGAGAAUAGAAAGAGAGAGAAAGCGAAAGAGAAAGCGAAGGAGAUAGAAGACGAUGGUUUUGAGAGUCCCGGAAAUGUUUCGGUUCGGAAGAGAGAGAAAGCAAAGGAGAGAGAGCAGGAAGGUUUACGUGGCUAUUCGAGCGGUGGGAUUCUGAAAGUAAACGCGAGAGACGAGAUUGAGAGGGUGACAGUCGAAACCGAUGAAUCUGAUGGCGAAGAUGUUUCGAAACAUGUUGAGCCUGAUUCAAAUGAGGUUGAUAAGAAGGCAGAUGAGUUCAUAGCGAAGUUUAGGGAGCAGAUUAGGCUUCAAAGGAUUCAAUCUAUCAAGAGAUCAAGUGGCCAACAAAGCAAGAACCAGAGGUAAUUCAAACUCAAAAGAAAUUGAAGGUGGGUCUCAUAUUUAUUAGGCUGGAUCCACCUGUGUUGAUUUAUUUUGAUAUGUAGUGCGCUCUCUCUCUCUCAAUUGUGGGUAUGUUGUGAGUGUACAUGGAAUUGCAGUUCUUUAGACAUAUAGCUGAAGACUGGAGAGUAAAUCAUCUCCAUGAAGGGGAAAAAUGUAGUUGUAGUUCAAGAUGAACCAAUCCCUGUACAUUCAAUUGAUGUACCCUUUCUCUCUGUCUCAACUUUGGUGCUAUACCAACAGGAUCGGUCUCUCUAUCUAUCUCAACUUGAAAAAUGUAGUUGUAGUUCAAGAUGAACCAAUCCCUGUCCAUUCAAUUGAUGUACCCUUUCUCUCUGUCUCAACUUUGGUGCCAUACCAACAGGAUCGGUCUCUCUAUCUAUCUCAACUUUGGAGUUAUACUAUCAGGAUCUCUCUCUCUACUUUGGCAUUAUACUUAUCAAGGUCAUUUGCACAUAUGAGGAGAUGGGAGAGUUCAUGAUUUCCAUGAAUUAUGAGAGAAUGAAGUGAAGAUUUUACAGAUGCCAUGUUUAAAUCCAUUUCUAAUGUUUGCUUUUUCUUCCUUUGUUUAUGAUAUGAUUUGGUUCUCUUUCUAUUUCUUUCCCCACCUAUCCCAUAUUUGUGGGGACAAUCAUUCCCUUGUGUGCAUCUAAUGUCUUAUAUUGGAAAAUGAAUUUGAGAAUUUGUUCUCAAAA